UGUGGGACCGUGAAGUUAGCGAAGCUAAGGAUUGGAGGAUGAGUAGGGGUCGCGAUGUAAGAAAGAGGAUGACACCUGAAAAAGCUGACACAUCCAGGUCCUUUGAUGAGCAGAUUCUGUCAGAGGUGCAGAAACUCUUCAACAAGGUGAAAAGCUACACUUCACCGUUUGGACGGGAAUGGUGCCUGCCAGAUGUCAGCACGGUGCUGCGUGAUCCUCCGACAAGUUACCCUCGCCUUCAAGCCCUGAAGCACUCCCUGAAUGAGGUGAAGAACCAGCUAAGCGAUAAAGACUUGAAGGUUUGGCACCAGCACACCUGCUCUACCAACCGAGCAGGAACAAUCACUGCUCACCUGCGCUCUCAUGUUAAUGCAGAGCUCUGCACUCAGGCCUGGGCUAAGUUCUAUGAGAUCUUGGGUUCUUUCCCACUCCUGCCAGAUGGGGCGCUGCAACGUGGUGAGUUGAACACUGUGCACCUCUGUGAGGCACCAGGGGCUUUCAUCUCAGCUAUGAACCAUUUUUUGAACACUAGCGGUCUCCACUGUGAUUGGAGCUGGGUGGCUAACACACUAAACCCAUACUAUGAGGGUAAUGGGCGCAGCUGCACGAUUGCAGACGACAGACUCAUAGCGCACACGCUACCAUGGUGGUUCUUUGGCUCUGAUAACACUGGUGACAUUAUGGUACAAAAGCACCUGCUGGAGUUUCAAGGAUUUGUUGGGAAUGCGCGCCAUGUGGACUUGAUCACUGCUGAUGGUAGUUUUGAUUGUCAGGGAGACCCAGGGGAACAGGAGAGCCUAGUGGCUCCCCUACAGUACUGUGAGACGGUAUGCGCUCUUCUGCUUCUUGGGCCUGGUGGCUCAUUUGUUCUGAAGAUGUUCACUUUAUUUGAGCAUUCAUCUGUGUGUCUCCUCUACCUUCUUGUCUGUUGUUUCCGCUGCGUCCACGUCUUCAAACCGGGAACAAGCAAAGCAGGAAAUUCAGAGGUAUAUGUGGUUUGUUUGGACUAUAAAGCCAAAGAUGCCGUGCGACCACUGCUCUCAAAACUUAUCCGCAGCUAUGGCCCAGACUUAUCCUCUAAGGCAGCGCUCUUCCCAAGCAGCUGUAUCCCAGACUCUUUCCUACAACAGCAUGAAGAGCUGUGUUCAUUUUUUCACACUCUUCAGGUUGAUACCAUCAAGGAGAACCUGCAGCUGUUUGCAAGCAUGACCGCUGAUCAGCGAAUGCAAUUAGAACGGCUCCGGGAAUGUGCAGCACAGUACUAUAUGGAGCGGUUCCUGUUGCAGCCGCUGUCCCGGAAAAGGUGGUUGUGCCGAGGAAGCAGUGUAGGUAUGGGAGUGGGAGGGAUUAAGCCAUUCCAGCGAAAGCAGUUGGGCUCCUUUAAUCAGCGGAAGGAGUUGCAAUGUCAGGGCUGGAGACAACGGGUUGUUCAUGGACCUUACAAGUUAUGGUUGGAGGAGCACAGCCAAGGCACAGAAGGGCACCAGUUUGUCCUCAGUGGCCCUUUAGAUGACUGUGAUCUGGAUGCCUGGUUCACCGUGGUGGGUGCCACUCUGAAAAAGGUACGUAGCUCCUCGUUUUGUGAACAGGAUUUAUUGGACCUCCUUAAUGAGGCUCUGGAAGAACAUGUGGCUGAUCAGCAAGUACAGGUAGUAGAUCGGGACCAUGGGGCUUCAGAAUGCAGCUCUUGCAUCAUGCAGGCACCCUCAGCUAUCUUAUCUGAGGUGUGCAGCUACUCCGACAUCACUUCCUGUGUCGUGCUGGGGAACCCUUUAUGGUGGAGUUUGCCACCGGAGGGAAGGUCACUACAGCUUGAGUUCUCAAUGGGGCUGUGUUGUCCAGAGGUGGGGUGGACCACACUGCAUGAUGGACAUGGGAGUUAUCAGCGUGACCUGCUUAACUGCGUGUUGUCCACCCUUCAGGGACUUCGGGAGGGUUCGGCUCUGGUGGUCCCAUUACAUUCUGCGCUGACCCGAGUCACUGCUGGCCUUGUUUUCAUUUUGCAUCUCUGCUUCCGUUCCAUCACGUUCCGCUGCCCGUCCAGUGGCCCCCCUGCUGCUUUGUUAUGCUUGGGAUUCUUGCGCUCUUCAGCUCUCCCUCACAUUUUCACCAUUCUCCAGGGGGUUCUUGAGGAAAUUAGCAGGAUCAAGCAGGGCAGGCAGCUCCUGCAGUUUAUUCCAAUGGACCAGCUGUUAAAGGGGGAACUUCCACAUUUCCUCUGCUGCCUCAAUACCACCAUUGCCCGACAACAGCUACAUUUACUCCUGUGAUAUCAUUGCUAGAGCUAGAUGCUUGAAGCUUUGUAACUGGACAGUUCUCAAUCCUAAAUGUGCCUCUAAUGUUUCAGAAUUAAUCUGUGGAAUCAAAGUCUCCUGUCAGGUCUCUGCAACUCCUCUGCUGCUACUACUGAAUAGGGUUUCUCUGGGAGGGAACUAUUCAGAUAUUAAUGUGCCUGAAUGAUUUUAAAGUCUAAAUAAAAAAAGUCUGUUGUGUUCCUUUCUUUUGAUGGCAUACAGAUUAAAUGUGUGUAUCUAUGUGUAUCUAUCGGUGUGGAUUUAUUUUGUACUAUAUUUAUGAGGUCUUGACUAGUGUUUAUUUCUUAUAUGCAAGAAAUUAAGUGGACUUGCUACAUAAUGUCUAUGUCUGUAAUUAAAUGUAUUUUCU